AUGGAACGGAGUGCUGGUCGCUUUAUUAACGAAACUCAUGCAGAUAUCCAAGACCUUGGCCGCAAUCCAAUUCAUGGCUACGAGGAUGAACCAUUAUCCUCGUUAGAAGAAGCUGCAAAAACAUUGGUUUCUUUUAUUCCUCAGAUUGCUCAAGAUGUAUCAACAGCCAAACAUAACUGUAAUCAAAACUCACAUCUAUUAACAUUGGAUGAGUCAGCAGCAAUAUAUCUUUAUACUAUGCCAGGACCUGUGUUUCGACUUCUUAACCAAGCUCUAAGAAGUGAAGAUCGGCAUAGCAUAAAACCAUGGUUUUCCUUCUUAAAACUUUUUAUUACUGCUCUAAAAAAACUACCAUCUUCUACAAUCACAGUUUGGCGAGGAGCAGCUAUAGACGAUGGUGUAAUAUUUACUGAUGGUGACAUACAUACAUGGUGGACUGUAAAUUCAUGCUCAAAUGAUCUAGCUGUCAUACAAAUUUAUCUGGGCAAAACAGGCACUGUUUUUGCAAUCGAUGCGGCUGAGGCUAAAAAUAUUUCUUCAUUCUCAACAUUUCCAGAUGAAAAAGAACUUAUUUUGAUGCCUGGUACCCGUGUUCGGCCUUAUUGCAGACAUCUCAACUUCAACGAUCAAUACUUUCUUAUUCACUUAAAAGAAGAAAGCCAACAAAGGUUAGUUUGGAAAAGUUUAAUUUCCUGA